AAGAAGCCAUGGAACCAUACACACUGCGUGCCCUAGCUACCACUACAGCUAGCCCCUAUACACAUGCUUAGAAAGGUCAUUAGCUGAUAGAUCAGCAUGACAAUGCAAUACUAAACACAAAUAAUUUAUCAUGUUUGUCGUGACCCGCUAGUUAGCGGAGGCUUUAUUUGUUCCUCUCUGGCUCUAUAAAAGAGGAGGCUAUGCACCCGGCAGUCUCCCCCUCUUCUUUCCUUCCAUCCCUUUGCAAUUAGAUAAUCAUCAUCCAUCCUCUUUUCACUGCACGCUCGCUCUAGAGCCCUGCUGUGAGGUUGGCAUCCAUGGCCGGGAGCGGGAGCAGCAGCAGCAGCAGCAGCAGCAGCUCGUCGCCCUGCGCAUCGUGCAAGUUGCUGCGGCGGCGGUGCACCCAAGAGUGCGUGUUCGCGCCCUACUUCCCUCCUGAGGAUCCUCACAAGUUUGCCAUCGUCCACAAGGUCUUUGGCGCCAGCAAUGUCAGCAAGAUGCUUCAGGAGCUGCCUGCUCAGCAGAGGGCGGAUGCGGUGAGCAGCCUGGUGUACGAGGCCAACGCACGGAUGAGGGACCCGGUCUACGGCUGCGUCGGCGCUAUCUCCUACCUCCAGCAGCAGGUUUCCCAGCUCCAGGUGCAGCUCGCCCUUGCCAAGGCCGAGAUCCUCUGCGUCCAUGCAACUGCUUCAUCAUCACCAUCAUCGCCAUCGCAACAACGUCAGCAGCAGAUCAUGGAAAGCGAGGCUUAUGUUAGUAGCUUGCUCAUGCAAAAUACCCUGAUGAACAGCAGUAGUGCCGCUCAUCAUCAGCAGCAGAUGUUGGGCAGCAGCUUGGGUUCCUCGGGGAGCACUGCAACUGCUGCAAUGAUGCUGCAGGAGGCGUGCCUCAAGAAAGAGUCCCUCUGGGCGUGAACUUAUAUUUCUGCCCACUUCUGUUAUUUUCCGAAAAGAUGGGAAAUUGAUACAUACAGGCCGAGAUAAUUGGGGCAUCACAUGAGCAUCAUAACCUCUCCAUUUUUACUCAAAGCUAGAUUAAGAGUUAAUAAGGCAAAACCGAUAGAUCUGCUUGUAAAGAUAGAUCAAACCUUUUUUUGUUGAGAGUCAGAGAUGUGAAUACAGUACAUACGCGUGUGUUUGGAUUCA